AUGGCCACACCGAGCGCCCAGAUGGAUGGCAGAGACCUCCCGCCCCGGCCGGAGAAGCCUGCCAAACCCGCUAGGUAUAUAAGCAAAUUCAGACCAUUUGUGAAACAUGAAGCAGAGAAAAAUAAAUCUCGGUGGAAAACUAUGGGACCAGCAAAAGUUGCAGUGCCAUCUCCAAAAGAUUUUCUGCAGAAACAUUCAAAGGAACCCAAGCUACCACCAAGAAAAAAAGAACAGAAUAGUAAGAAACCACCUGCAUUAUCAGUGCCACGGAGGACAGACCGCCCAGUUAUGGGAAUUCAGAGCAAAAAGAAUUUUAUAAAUACAAAUGCAGUUGCUGCUAUCAGGGGGGUGCCUAAAAAGCCUCAACCUUUUUGUGUUGACACAAGACAAGGAGAUAAAUAUCUCCUUGAAACUUCAGGACUUGCCCCAAAAUACAUUAAAAAAAAGGAUUAUGGUGUUACACCAAAAUAUGUAGCACGGAGAAAUGAAGAAAGGAAGAGAGCUAAGGAAGAAUAUGAGGCCAGUAUCUUGGAGGACCUCAAGAAGAAAGCCAUGAAAAAACUCUCUGAUGAAGAAAGGACAAAUGUUCUGCAGGCCCUGAAAAAGAACUGGCAGGAAACGCAGCGUGAAUAUCUGGGUCUUUCAGUAGUAAUAGACACCAUGCACAAGAAGAUGCAUAAACAAAGGCUGGAAUUAAAGUUGAAAGAACUGGAGCAGGACAUACAAGCACUUGAGAUGCACGAAGAUGUCUACAUUGCAAAUGAGUAA